GUACGUCCGCGCGGUCACGCUGUGGGGAUCUGCUGUCACGAGCCUUGUAUCCGAGCCGCGGAGUGGAGGCUGGAGAGAAUUAGAGCGACAUCAAUUAUACAGCACGUUUAUAUAUUUACACAUUUAGUGCGGGAUAAAGAGAGCCGGGCUGUAGCUUCAUACCGCUGGUUGGCUGUUAAACACCGUCUGCUGGUUAAUGCCGGUCAACCUGGUGAUGUAUAACCGUAUCUGAAUGAUACUGCUAGCCAGCUAGCUAGCUGUGAAGCUAGCUCUACGGUGCUUUGACUCUUACUAACUUCACGUUAUAAUAUCCUCCGAUCAUCAACGUUAUUUGACUGCCGUUCAUCUGAGAGACACCUGAGCUGCUGGUUUUAACUUUAGUGGAUUAUUACAGCGGGUGUUAUGCGCGUCGCUUCCGAUCUGAGUUAGAUAAGGAUUGAAUGAAAUAACGUUAGCUUCGCACGUAGCCAGCGGAAACGAGCCAGUUAAACGGGGAUAACGUUAACUUCUUAUCCUGCUGCUGGGUGAUCCACCGCCAUCCAGCUAAUCUAGCUAUCUGAGCUACAGCCUCCCACAGGCACACGCACUGAGCUCGGUAGGUAACAGGCGGUCAUAGAGGUGAAUAGAGAGCAAAGCUAGCUGCUAUACUACACGUCAAGUUGGCCAUCUUCCACUCAGGUCCAGUUCAGUGUGAACGAGCUGAUCGACGUCGGCUCAUCUUUACGGAUAAACGUUAAAGGCCGAAGUGAGGACAGAAAGGUGCAGAUAUGCCGGCUGUGUCGAAAGGAGAUGGGAUGCGCGGAUUAGCCGUUUUCAUCUCGGACAUCAGAAACUGUAAGAGCAAGGAAGCCGAGAUCAAACGGAUCAAUAAAGAGCUGGCCAACAUCCGCUCCAAGUUUAAAGGGGACAAGGCUCUCGAUGGCUACAGCAAGAAGAAAUAUGUCUGCAAGUUGCUCUUCAUCUUCCUGCUCGGCCACGACAUUGACUUUGGACACAUGGAGGCAGUCAACCUGCUGAGCUCCAACAAGUACACAGAGAAACAGAUCGGCUACCUGUUCAUCUCAGUGCUGGUAAACAGCAACAGCGAGCUGAUCCGUCUGAUCAACAACGCCAUCAAGAAUGACCUGUCCAGCCGCAACCCCACCUUCAUGUGCCUGGCGCUGCACUGCAUCGCGAACGUGGGAAGCCGCGAGAUGGCCGAGGCCUUCGCCAGCGAGAUCCCCCGGAUCCUGGUUGCUGGUGAUACGAUGGACAGUGUGAAACAGUCGGCCGCCCUGUGUCUGCUGCGGCUCUAUAAGACCUCUCCUGACUUGGUGCUGAUGGGGGAGUGGACAUCACGCGUGGUGCACCUGCUCAACGACCAACACAUGGGUGUGGUGACAGCAGCCAUCUCUCUCAUCACCUGUCUGAGCCAGAAGAAUCCAGAUGAGUUCAAGACCUGCGUUUCCCUGGCCGUUUCCCGACUUAGCAGGAUUGUGUCGUCGGCCUCCACUGAUCUACAGGAUUACACCUACUACUUUGUCCCGGCACCGUGGCUCUCCUGCAAGCUGCUGCGCCUGCUGCAGUGCUACCCUCCGCCAGAAGAUGGCGCCGUCAAAGGCCGUCUGGUAGAGUGUCUGGAGACCAUCCUCAAUAAGGCCCAGGAGCCACCCAAGUCCAAGAAGGUGCAGCACUCCAAUGCCAAGAAUGCUAUCUUGUUUGAGGCUAUCUCACUGAUAAUCCACUAUGACAGUGAGCCAAACCUGCUGGUGCGAGCCUGUAAUCAGCUGGGCCAGUUCCUGCAGCACAGAGAGACUAACCUGCGCUACCUGGCUCUGGAGAGCAUGUGCACUCUGGCCAGCUCUGAGUUUUCCCACGAAGCUGUCAAGACACACAUCGAGACCGUCAUCAACGCGCUCAAGACCGAGAGGGAUGUGAGUGUUCGACAGAGGGCAGCUGAUCUACUGUACGCCAUGUGCGAUCGCAGCAAUGCCAAGCAGAUCGUGGCCGAGAUGCUCAGCUACCUCGAGACGGCGGACUACUCCAUCAGAGAGGAGAUGGUGCUGAAAGUGGCGAUACUCGCAGAGAAGUAUGCCGUGGAUUACUCCUGGUACGUGGACACCAUUCUCAACCUCAUCCGCAUCGCCGGCGACUACGUCAGCGAAGAGGUGUGGUAUCGCGUCAUUCAGAUCGUCAUCAACCGAGACGACGUUCAGGGCUACGCCGCCAAGACAGUCUUUGAGGCCUUGCAGGCCCCUGCCUGUCAUGAGAACAUGGUGAAGGUCGGAGGCUACAUCCUGGGAGAGUUUGGUAACCUCAUCGCUGGUGACCCUCGCUCCAGCCCCCUGGUCCAGUUCAACCUUCUCCACUCCAAGUUCCACCUGUGCUCCGUGCCGACUCGCGCCCUGCUGCUGUCGGCUUACAUCAAGUUUAUCAACCUGUUCCCAGAGACCAAGGCCACCAUCCAAGAGGUGCUGCGCUGCGACAGCCAGAUCCGCAACUCGGACGUGGAGCUGCAGCAGCGCGCCGUCGAGUAUCUGAAGCUUUCUUCCAUCGCUAGCACCGAUGUCCUGGCCACUGUCCUGGAGGAGAUGCCUCCCUUCCCAGAGAGGGAGUCGUCAAUCCUGGCUAAGUUGAAGAAGAAGAAGGGGCCGGGUGCCGUAUCCGUGACAGAGCUGGAUGACAGCAAAAGUGCGGGCGGAGAGUUGAAUGGAGGGGGUGACCGGGGGCCAGACGCCUCAGUCAUGAGUGCCUCCAACGCUUCUACCCCGUCACCAUCAGCAGACCUCCUUGGGAUUCGUUCGGCUGCUCCCCUUGGUGCUGCUCCAACCGGCGCUGGCAGCCUAUUGGUGGAUGUGUUCUCCGAGGCGGGGCCUGCCGCACCUUCUGCUGCUGUGAACGACGACGGCUUCCUAAGAGAUCUGGAACAGCCCACCGAGACCUCUGAUUCCCUAUUGGUGGAGGGUUCUGGUGACUCGGACUCUGCUCCUCCCUCUGAGGAUGCCGCUCCUCCUCUGUCCGAGGCGGACGACCUUCUUAACAAGUUUGUGUGCAAGAACAACGGGGUUCUGUUUGAGAACCAGCUGCUACAGAUCGGCAUCAAGUCGGAGUAUCGUCAGAAUCUGGGGAGGAUGUACUUAUUCUACGGGAACAAGACGUCAGUGCAAUUUGCCAGCUUCACAACCACAGUCAGCUGUCCUGGGGAGCUACAGUCUCAGCUCAACGUUCAGACCAAACCAGUGGAACCGCUGGUAGAGGGUGGAGCCCAGAUCCAACAGGUCCUCAACAUAGAGUGUAUUACUGACUUCGCUGAAGCCCCGCUGCUCAACAUCAAGUUCAGAUACGGAGGAGCUCUGCAGAACCUGACCCUCAAGCUGCCCGUCACCAUCAACAAGUUCUUUCAGCCAACUGAGAUGGCCUCACACGACUUCUUCCAGCGCUGGAAACAGCUCAGCCAGCCUCAACAAGAAGCACAAAAGAUAUUCAAGGCUAACCACAGCAUGGACACUGAAGUACUUAAAGCUAAGCUACUGGGACUGGGAACGGCCUUGUUGGACGACGUCGAUCCGAACCCAGAGAACUACGUGUGUGCUGGAGUGAUCCAGACCAAGGGCCAGCAGGUUGGCUGUCUGCUGAGACUUGAGCCAAACGCUCAGGCACAGGUACAGAUGUACCGUCUGACUCUGCGCUGCAGCAAGGACUCCGUGUCCAAGCGUCUCUGCGAGCUGCUGGCCGAACAGUUCUAGAGUCCAGAUCUCUACCGUUAACCAGUACACCCACCACCCACCACCCCCUACCAGCGACCUGUCCCUGGAGCCCUCCCACCACACCUCCUCUUCCUCCUCCUCCUCCUCUUCCUCCCUCCAACAAAAGAAUCUUUGAGUAAAAAAGAAAAAAAAAAAAGGUGUAACCUCCAUAAGGGAAAAGCAGCCACUGCUAGCAGCAGCGGCAAUAUUCUUGUCAUUAUUCUUGUCCCAGAUUCUGAUUCCAGUUCAUCUUCUACUUGUUUAUUAACAUGAUGCUACAUUCUUGUUUUUUGUUGGUGUUUACCUGUGUAGCUGGUGCCUGCAUGGCCAGGUGAGUGCGAGUGUGAGUGCGAGUGCGAGUGCGAGUGCGUGUGCGUGUGCGUGUGCGAGCGCGUGUGUGUGUGUGUGUCCCAUGGUUGUGCUGGGGUCCCAUUCUGCUCCAUCCUGACUGAUGUAGUACUGAUGCAGUGUGUGUGUGUGCGUGUGUGUGUGAGAGAGAGACUUCAUUUGAAUCUGUAGAGCAUUCCUUGGAAGUCAAACGGAUGAAGCCGUUUAUAUUCCACACAUGCACUCAUACCCUCACACACAUGUGCACACCCACCCACACACACACACACACACACACACACACACACACACACACACACACAC